UCGUGACUUGGCACGGUCACAAUCACGAUCACCUUCUUAUAGGCGAAGGCAUUCGCCAUCUCCAGUGGGGCAUCGGUCUAGCAGGAGAAGCCGCAGAGACAGAAGCCGGUCUCCAUAUUCCUCGUAUUCUCAUAGCAGGUGAUCCCGUUAAUAUUCCCCCUUUCUUGUGCUAAUUUAACUGAUUCUCAAUCAAUUGUUGGAAAGAUUGAGGCAUUACAUAUCGCUCAUGGGAUUUGGAUUUACAUAAUGUUCGAGUUUCUGUACGCAUCUUCUUAUCCUUCUUUUUAGAUCUGGUGGUACAUUUUCCAAUUGUGAAGUCUUGUAAAUGUUUUUCUUAUAGAAAAUGAAUAUGUGCUUUGAAGUUUACCUGGUACCUACUAUGUUGAUGUUGGUGUCACAGCUAAAUGGGGCAUUCUAUAUCGCUUCGAGUUGAAAUUCUGUAUGCUAAUUGCUAAUAUUUGACUUUUUGGCUUCAAACCUUCAAGUUGACAGGAAUUGGUAGUUCCAUUGCCUAAAUUUGGUAUGCUUUGACAUUUGAUGUUCUGAGUUUUCUUUUCCGAUCUUCAACUACAGUUGUGGUUUGUACACCUUAGGCUUUGUUGCUGUCAAGCCAAUGCCAAAGAAUUGCUGAUGUUGUUAUAAAAUCUGAUGAUUGGCUUAGUUUCGAUAUAGCAUUGAUGGAUAUGUGACCUUUGGAAAGAAAAAAAAAAAUUUUUUUUGAUCCUUCUAAAUAAUUGGAUAAGAUUCUAGUAUGAAGAUAUGGAUUAAAAUAUAGAGUUUCCAGAGUGAUAUAAGGUUGCAUGCUCUUCCUAAGAAUUUAAAAGAAUUCAGAUUCUUCCCGUCAAAAGGGAAGUGAGCAGGUGAUGGUUGUCGUUGGCUGUUCUUUUGUUGCUCGAUUGUGACCUUUGCUUCUUCAUGUGAUAAAAGAUGGAGCACACAAAGGUUAUACUUAACAAUGUAUGAGACGGAAAAGUCGUUCAAUUACCCCUAAGCGUCGAAGAAGUCGUUCUCCGACUCCAAGACGACGUAAAAGUCGUUCUCCUACCCCAAGACGUCGUAAAAGUCGUUCUCCAACCCCAAGACGCCGUAAAAGUCGUUCUCCAGUAUUGAGGCGCUAUAAGAGGCAAAGAAGUAGGAGCUCCUCCUUGUCUCCUAUUCGUAAAUCUUCUAGUUCAAGUCUUGGAUUGUUGGACCAGAAAAAUGCCACUGAGAAAUUGAGAAAGGAAGAAGAAGAAGAGAAGAAAAGGCGGCAACAAGAAGCAGAAUUGAAACUGCUAGAAGAAGAGACUUCAAGAAGGGUGGAAGAAGCAAUUCGUAGGAAAGUUGAGGAGAGCUUAAACUCCGAUGAGAUUAAAGUGGAAAUACAGAGGCAGUUGGAGGUAGGACGGAAGAAGCUUCUUACUGAAGUGGCAGUGCAACUUGAGAAAGAAAAGGAAGCAGCUCUGGUUGAGGCUAGGCAUAAGGAGGAACAAGCUCGAAAAGAGAAAGAAGAGCUGGAAGGUAUGCUUGAAGAGAACCGGAGGAGAGUGGAAGAAGCUCAAAGAAGGGAGGCUUUGGAGCAGCAGCGGAGGGAGGAGGAGCGAUACAGGGAACUGGAAGAGCUCCAGAGACAAAAAGAAGAGGCAUUGCGAAGGAAGAAACAAGAGGAGGAGGAAGCACGGUUGAAUCAAAUGAAACUGUUGGGUAAGAACAAAUCCCGGCCAAAAUUGUCAUUUGCAUUCGGGUCCAAAUAGUUUAUUUUUUAUGGAACUCCGCUUGGUUCCUUUUGACUAUGGCCGUCCAUGGACUUGAUUGCUGCGCCUGUACUUGUAAUCUAAAAAUAUUUUUGGUCAAUACAGUUUUUGGUGUUAUAAUGUGAUCAAUUCCCCAAUUGUCAAA